AAAAAAAACCUUCUUCGCUUCUCUCUCCUCUCUCUCCCAGCUCCCUCAGGCUCAACCACGGCACGCCGCCGAACAACGUCGGCGGAGAUCCAACCUCCUCACUUCUCAGUCUCCCAAUUCAUUUUCACAUCCCAGUCUCAAUCUUCAAUCCCAAGCUCCAUGUCUUCUAAACUCUCCAGUGACGAGCACCACUGAACGAUGCCCGAUUUUCCCCUCUCUCUCACCUCCAUGAACCGGCUGAACAUCACGCUGGCGGGAGACGGUGGCGACGACAGAUACCACAUCUCCGAACCCACGAAGCGAACCCCGACGAACGAAGCGGACCCACUGAACGGCACGCUGGCGGGAGACGAGCCCUCCUUCCCGACAUUUUGGAAGUCGAUCAAAGCUCCGAGCCCUACUUCUCGACAUAUUUGAAGGCGAAUGAUUCCUCUUCGGUUCCAUGGCUUGGAUUUCGUUCUCUGUUACCAUUCUUCAUGCGACAAUCCAUUAUCUUCUGCGAAGGAGAGGACUCUGAGGUAAGAUGGAUCUGGAAGUUGAAACGACUAGAAGAAGAGGAGCCUGCUCUGCUACCUGUUUAUCUUCCUCCCCUCCGCGAAAAUUGAAGCUGGGAGAGUCGGAUUCAGUAUGCUUCUCUUCAAUCAGCUCUGGGUUUAAGCCCUAUCCGGCGCAUUGGCGAUUGACAUUAAUUAGUGCACUUCACAUGAUGCUCUCUGGUGGAUCGAUAGAAAUUGGGAACGGGACUUCCAAGAGGCCAUGGUUGGAUUCUUUUCCGCGGAAAGCUUUGAUGGGCAUUACUUUGUUUCUUGAUCAAUGGAGAAGAAGGGAUGACUUCAUUGCUCUAUUAGAAAGAGCUGCUUGCGACGAUUCGUUGACCUGUUAAAGAACAAGCAAAUUGGCUGGAAACUUUGAACACCAGAGGAGAAUGGGUGUUUUAUUA